GACCGUGUCCUUCACAAGAACACAAGGUCUCUGCAGACAGAAGCCAUACUGAAAUCCUCCUUAGCCGAAAACCAUUGAGGAAGUGACAGGGAGGAAGGAUGGACUCUAUCUCUAUGAUGGGUGGAAGCAGGAGCCACAUGUUCCUCACAGCCUCCUCCUCUCAACACAUCCAUCACGCCCAGGCCUGUUUCCUGCCCAACGGCAUUAAGAAUGGAGUUGGAGAUACUGGCACGACUUGUGUGUCUACCCAGCCUACAGUGGCCAUCCUGGGCUCAGGUGACUUCUCCAAGAGCCUUACCAUCCGCUUGCUGCGUCGGGGUUUCCAUGUGGUGGUGGGCAGUCGCCAUCCCAAACUGGCAGCACAGUCAUUUCCCCAUGUGGUGGAUGUGACGCACCAUGAAGACGCUGUGGGAAAAGCCAGUGUCGUGUUCCUGGCAAUCCGCCGGGAGCAUUAUGCUGUCCUGUGGGACCUUAAACAUCUACUGGAAGGAAAGUACCUGGUAGAUGUGAGUAAUAACAGGAGGGUGAACCAGUAUCCAGAGUCGAAUGCUGAAUAUCUGGCUUCACUGCUGCAGGACUCUAUAGUAGUCAAAGGCUUCAACGUCAUCUCAGCAUGGGCCAUGCAGCAGAGCUGCCCCAAAGAUGCCAGCACACAGGUAUUCAUCUGCAGUGACUCAGUGGAGGCUCGAAGGCAAAUUAUGGAGUUAGCCCGCCAGCUCAACUUCCAGCCUGUGGAUAUGGGCGCCUUGUCUUCGUCAAGGGACAUUGAGAACAUGUCCAUACAAUUAUUUCCUGGCUGGAGGGGCCCAGUCCUAGCUGCUGUGGCCCUCUCUAUCUUCUUUUUUGCCUACUCUUUUGUACGAGAUAUCAUCCACCCAUAUGUGAAAUACAAGCAGAGCGACUUUUACAAGAUCCCUAUUGAGAUAGUCAAUCGGACACUGCCCACUGUUGCUAUCACUCUUUUAGCCCUUGUGUACCUGGCAGGCCAGCUGGCUGCUGCCCACCAGCUCUACUAUGGUACUAAGUACAGACAUUUCCCACAUUGGCUGGAGGGGUGGCUGCAGAGCCGAAAACAGUUGGGCCUCCUCAGCUUCUUUCUGGCUGCUGUCCACGUUCUCUACAGCCUAUGUCUGCCCAUGAGGAGAUCGGAGAGAUACCUGCUGCUCAACACUGCCUACCAGCAGGUCCAUGCUAAAGUGGAGAAUGCGUGGAAUGAGGAGGAGGUGUGGAGGGUGGAGAUGUAUGUUUCCUUUGGGAUCAUGAGUCUUGGGCUCCUGUCACUUUUGGCCAUCACCUCCAUUCCAUCCGUCCACAGCAUGCUCAACUGGAGGGAGUUCAGCUUUAUACAGUCCACUCUGGGCUACAUUGCCCUGCUCAUUGCCACCUUCCAUGGCCUGCUGUUUGGCUGGAAGCGGGCCUUUGAGGAGGAGGCCUACCGUUUCUACCUGCCCCCCAGCUUCGUGGUGGCCCUGGCCCUGCCGGUGUGUGUGAUACUGGGAAAGGUGGUGAUUCUGCUUCCCUGUGUUGCCUGCAAGCUCCAUCGGAUCCGCCGGGGAAUGGAUAGCUGUCAGUACCAGUGCCAGCGCCUGGAGCCAGUGGGUUCAGCUGCCCAUGUUUCACCUGAGAGAGUUACCAUCAUGUGAUCACUGCAGCACAUAGCUAUCUGCUCCUUUACUUAGGGUUUCAC